AUGAGUUUCGUGUUCACCUGUCGCAUCUCUGUCUGUACGCAACGCAGACCAAACAAACCGUUCUUACACAAGGAGAUUAGCGUACAUUAUAUCAGCAGCAGUACACAUCACUACACCACAACACUACUGCACGCCAUCCAGACACGAACAACGCCACCACAAGAGCCAGGAACAACCCAAGGACGGGCGGAAACCAACGCGGAAGGCGGCCGAAGCCCUCCGCACCGCACUCCGCCUCGCCCACCUCGCCGUCGCACGACCUCCGCCGCGCACCUCCUGCCUCGCCUCAUCCUCACGCCCUCGCCAUCCGCUGCACUCCGCCCGCGCACUCGGCUCUGCACUCGCCCGCCAACCUCCGCAGUCGCAUCACUAGCCUCGCACCUCCGCCCCCGCCGACAUCCGGCUCAGCAGACCUCCGGCCCGCGCACCUCGCCUGGGGCCACUCCGCGCGCGCCCUCCGCCUCGCCACCUCACGCCCGCUACUCGCGCCCGCCACCUCCGCCGACCCCUCCGCGCCGCUCACAUCGCCCGCCCACAUCCGGCCCACUCCGCCUCGGCCACCUCGGCGCCCAAUCGCCCCCCAACUCCAGCGCAGCCCACCUCAGCCCGCCACUCCGGCCGAUCCCUCCGCCCCCGCCACCUCCGGCCCCGCCAGGUCCGCCUCGCCACUCCGCCCGCCCAUACCUCGCGCGCCCAGCGUACGGCACUCGCCACCUCUCGCGCCGCCCCUCGCCCCCGCCACCUCCGCCCGCCACUUCCGGCGCCACCUCCGCCCGUCGCCACUCUGCCCCCGCCCACCUCCGCGCCGCCCACCUGCCCGUCCACAUCUCCGCCGCCGGCACUCGCGCUCCCUCGGGCGCCGAAGCCUCAUCUCCGCGACGUCUUCCCCGACGCAAAGCACAGGGAGGAAAAAGACCGUCUUCCGUGUCGUGCGCAAAAGAGUCGCGAAAAUUGGAUGAAAAUUGGAAAUCGGGGCGUGGCGGGGGGCGAGGCGUGGGCGGACGGCGGCAAAGGAAAAUUAUAAAGCAAUUGCCUGGCGGAGGGACGCUCCUUUGA